UCAAAAUCUAUUAUUUUAUUUUAUUUUAAUAAAUUAUUUGAUCCCUGUUUGUAAUUAUUACUCGGGGGUUUUCUGGAGAAGCUGUGAGAUCUGAUUUCGGGUUUUUGAGGUUUCACUUCCUAAAAAGUUACUGUCUUUACAUGCAAGUUCAGAAGUUAACGGUUGAUUGCUUCGUGGGUCGGUGGCAGAAGUGAGAAACUUUGAGAACUAGCUUCGGAUGAUGGUGAUUAUGUGCUUAUUUGCUUGAUUGGUUGGUGUUUUUGCAUCUGGGUCAUUGUAUUGGAUUGAAUUUGCUUUCUGGUCAUGCUGGAACUGAGACAUUGAGUUGAGUGAGAUCAUCUGAACUGAUAUGAUGGGGUUUUGAUUUCCAUGGCGGUGGCCAUUGGCCUCUGCCCUUUGGUCCGGAACUUAAUCUGAACAAUUCCAUUUGGUAACUAUCAUCAUAGAUCACAUGGAAUGUUAACGAGGCUGGUCAAUGAGGGACUCAAAAUGAGAGGGCUUGUGUGGAAUCACAGUCCAUGGGCACCCCUGACAAGAAAAUAUCUGACCUUGUUGAUGUAGUUAGGUCUUGGAUCCCUCGAAGGGCUGAGCCACCAAAUGUGUCGAGGGACUUCUGGAUGCCCGAUCACAGUUGUAGGGUAUGCUAUGAGUGUGAUUCACAGUUCACAAUAUUCAACCGCAGGCAUCACUGUCGAAUCUGUGGUCGAGUUUUCUGUGCAAAAUGCACUGCCAAUUCUGUUCCUGCGCCAUCAGAUGAGCCAAAUGCUGGUCGUGAAGACUGGGAGAGGAUUAGGGUCUGUAAUUACUGCUUUAAAACAUGGGAACAAGGUUUAGCAACGGUUGACAAUGGCACUCUUUCAGCCACCCCUUGUCUCAGCCCUUCACCAUCUACUACAAGCUUGGUCAGCACUAAGUCCAGUUGCACUUGUAAUAGUAGUGGCAGCACUGCUGGUUCAGUUCCGUACUCAACUGGGUCUUACCAGCGUGUGCCUUAUAGUCCACGUCAAUCUUCCCAAAUGAAUCAAAUAACAGAUGAGCAAGAAAAUUUAAAUUCUACAGGGAGCACAAAUCCGUCUGCUGCUGUAGGGAACUUGGCUUCUAACCAAUUUGGCUAUUGCUUCAACAGGAGUGAUGAUGAGGAUGAUGAUUAUGGUGUUUAUCAUUCUGAUACAGAAUCAAGGCAUUACUCUCAUGCCCAUGACUAUGAUGAUACAGUUAACGUUCAUGGGGUUGAUCAUGUCUACGGACCACAUCAAAUUCAUCCUGAUGGAGAUAACAUUCAGGAAAAAGGCUUGAGUUCCCUAACGGCUCCACAUGAUCUUGAUCUAGAAGGGGUAGGGGUAGGUGGAAUUCAAACACCUGGAAAAGAAGCAGAUGGGCAUGAUCACACUGAUGAAUGUGAAACUUGUCCUUAUCAUGAGGAGAGUAAUAAUGCAGAGCCUGUGGAUUUUGAGAAUAAUGGGCUACUGUGGCUACCUCCUGAGCCAGAAGAUGAAGAGGAUGAUAGAGAAGCUGUUCUUUUUGAGGAUGAUGAAGAUGAGGGUACUACUGGAGAAUGGGGAUAUUUACGAUCCUCCAAUAGUUUUGGCUCUGGAGAAUGUCGUAGCAGAGAUAAAUCAAGUGAGGAUCACAGGAAGGCCAUGAAGAAUGUUGUGGAAGGGCAUUUUAGAGCUCUGGUAGCUCAGCUUUUACAGGUGGAAAACCUAACUAUUUGUGAUGAAAAUGGAAAAGAGAGUUGGUUGGAUAUAAUUACUGCUUUGUCUUGGGAAGCUGCUACACUUCUGAAGCCUGAUAUGAGCAGAGGUGGAGGUAUGGAUCCUGGUGGAUAUGUAAAGGUUAAAUGCAUAGCUUGUGGGCAUCGAAGUGAAAGCAUGGUGAUUAAAGGAGUUGUGUGUAAAAAGAAUGUGGCUCAUCGGCGAAUGACAUCAAAAAUUGAUAAACCACGUUUUCUAAUACUCGGAGGUGCUUUGGAGUAUCAGCGUGUUUCUAACCAGUUAUCAAGCGUUGAUACUUUAUUACAGCAGGAGAUGGACCAUUUGAAGAUGGCAGUUGCAAGGAUUGAUGCUCAUCAUCCCAAUGUUCUUUUGGUAGAGAAGUCAGUAUCUCGUUAUGCUCAAGAAUACCUUCUUGCUAAAGACAUAUCACUUGUUCUGAAUAUUAAAAAGCCACUUUUAGAGCGCAUUGCCCGUUGUACUGGGGCACAGAUUGUCCCCUCAAUUGAUCAUCUGACCUCUCAGAAGCUGGGGUACUGUGAAACAUUCCACGUGGACAAAUUUUUUGAGGAGCAUGGUAGUGCUGGGCAAGGUGGGAAAAAAUCAACAAAGACUUUGAUGUUCUUUGAGGGUUGUCCAAAACCUUUGGGUUGCACUAUCUUGCUGAAAGGUGCCAACGGGGAUGAGUUGAAGAAGUUGAAACAUGUGGUUCAAUAUGGGGUUUUUGCAGCCUAUCAUUUGGCACUGGAGACAUCUUUCCUGGCUGAUGAAGGUGCUUCACCGCUAGAGUUUCCCUUGACAUCUCCCAUAACCGUUGCAUUACCUGAUAAACCAUCUAGUAUUGUGAGAUCCAUUUCCACUAUACCUGGAUUUUCUGUUCUCUCUGCUAGAGAGCAUCAAGGAGCUAAACCUUUUAAAGAAGUACCAAAAUCUAAUGAUUCCCACAAGGUAGAAAGAACCCCAUCUAGCUGCAGUGUGUCCACUGAAAGAUCACUGGGGGGUAACUCAAUCCAUAUGCUUGAAUUGUCUGGAAAUGUCACCCAAUCAGCUCGGGAUAUGCCAUCUUCCCACUGCAAUAGUUUCCUCUCAAGUACUGUUUCUAAAGAGGAUGGUAAGAAAUGUCCUAGGGAACUUUUUCAAUACAGACUAGAUGAGAGAAGGGAAACUAUGCUGCAUGAUGAUCUUCUUUCAAAUUCUUUUGGUGCCUUCGAGCCUUCACGGCAAGAUGAUGAUAACCACAUCAGAGCUGCAGCAUUGUCUGCUAACCAAGGAGCUAAUCCUGAGAUACUUUAUUUAAAACACGAUAAUAAUUAUAAUAAUGAUCAUGAUGACAUUAUACAUUCAAAAGAAGAUUUUCUUCCCUCAACUUCUGACCAUCAGAGUAUUUUGGUCUUUUUAUCAACACGAUGUGUGUGGAAAGGAACUGUUUGUGAAAGGUCUCACCUUGUGAGAAUUAAAUACUAUGGAAGUUCUGAUAAGCCUUUGGGACGGUUUUUGAGAGAUCAACUACUUGAUCAGAGUUACACUUGCUGCUCAUGUGAAAUGCCAUCAGAAGCUCAUGUUCAUUGUUAUACUCACCGGCAAGGGAGCUUGACAAUUUCUGUCAAGAAACUAUCAGAGUUUCCUUUACCAGGGGAACGGGAAGGUAAAAUAUGGAUGUGGCACAGAUGCCUGAAAUGUCCCCGUGUAAAUGGUUUUCCUCCUGCUACACGGAGAGUAGUUAUGUCUGAUGCUGCUUGGGGCUUAUCCUUUGGGAAAUUUUUGGAGCUCAGUUUUUCAAAUCAUGCGGCAGCAAGCAGGGUUGCAAGUUGUGGUCAUUCUCUCCACAGAGAUUGUUUAAGAUUCUAUGGUUUUGGGAAGAUGGUUGCCUGCUUUCGUUAUGCUUCAAUUGACCUUCAUUCUGUUUAUCUUCCACCACCUAAACUUGAAUUCAACUAUGAUAGUCAGGACUGGCUACAAAAAGAAGCAAAUGAGCUGCAUAACAAGGCCAAAGUACUAUUUAGUGAAGUGUGCAACACUAUGCAUCAAAUUUCAGAGAAGGUUUCAGGUCUUGUGUUGCAGGAGGGUGGAAAUAAGGUGUCAAAUUUUAGGAAUUUAGUCACUGAACUUAAAGGGAUUCUGCAGUUUGAGAAAGAGGAAUUUGAGGACUCCUUACAUAAGUUGCUGCAUAAAGAGGGCAAAACUGGUCAGCCUGUGGUUGAUAUUCUAGAGCUCAAUAAGUUGCGCCGGAAUAUCCUUAUCUAUUCUUAUGUUUGGGAUCAGCGCUUGACAUAUGCAUCCAACCUUAGUAAAAUUACUCUUCAAGAAAAUUCAAAGAACUUAAAUCAUAGGGAGAAGUUGCUUGGUUCUAGGGAAAAUGUUAUUGAGGCAGAUGUCUCCUCUAGGCCAGCAAAAGGCCAUGCCAGUUGUGAUUCCUUUCUUUCGGAAACAAAACCCAAUGGAAGCCUAAAUUUUGAAAACACUAACCUCCCUGGUGAAGUAAUUAAAAGUGAGGACAAGAGUAAAGACACAAAUCAUGAUAAAGUUGAUCUCUCCCUCUCUGGUGGUUCAAAUAUCAAUGAUAAAUCUGAUUCUCUGGAGUUUGGAGGUACUGUACGGAGGGCUUUAUCAGAGGGGGGAUCUCCUGUUGUGGCUAAUUUAUCAGAUACCCUUGAUGCAGCAUGGACAGGUGAAAAUCACCCUAUAAAUUCAUCACUUAAAGAAAAUGGUUGUCUACCUCAUGAUGCAUCAGCUGUGGCAGUUCAUUCACCUGUGGCCAAUAUAGUCACCUCAAAAUCAAAUUCUGAUAAUUAUACUGUCCAUAUAGGUGGAAUGGAGGCAGGAUGCACUAAUGACUCUAAAGUGUUCUCCAAAGGACUUGAUACUAAAUGGAAAGGAAUGCCUUUUGCAAACUUCUUUGGUUCCUUCAACAAAACUUCUUCCUUCAAUACACAGAAGCUUAUUGAGUACAACCCAGUCCACAUUUUAUCGUUUCGAGAGUUGGAGCACCAGACUGGUGCUAGACUGCUUCUGCCAGCUGGUAUUAAUGAUACCAUAGUGCCUGUCUAUGAUGAUGAACCCACCAGUGUAAUAGCAUAUGUUCUUGUGUCAAUGGAAUAUCAUAUCCAGAUGUCGGAAUCUGAUAGACUUAAAGACAGUGGAGACAGUUCAAUUUCAUUGCCACUCUUUGAUUCAACAAGUCUACUUUCACUUAACUCCUUUGAUGAGACAAUUACCAAUACCUUCAGAAGUCUUGGAUCUUCUGAUGAGAACAUGUUGUCCACUUCUGGGUCUCGUAGUUUACCAGCUGGAGAUCCACUCUCAUUCACAAAGGAUUUGCAUGCAAGGGUUUCUUUUACUGAUGAUAGCUCCCUUGGAAAAGUGAAAUAUACUGUAACUUGCUACUAUGCAAAGAGAUUUGAGGCUUUAAGAAGAACUUGUUGCCCUUCUGAGUUAGAUUUUGUGCGGUCCCUUAGUCGUUGUAAGAAGUGGGGGGCUCAGGGAGGAAAGAGCAAUGUCUUCUUUGCAAAAACCUUGGAUGAUAGAUUUAUUAUCAAGCAGGUUACAAAAACAGAACUUGAGUCAUUUAUCAAGUUUGCACCAGCUUAUUUUAAGUAUUUAUCUGAGUCAAUCAGUACUGGAAGCCCAACUUGUCUUGCAAAGAUCUUGGGCAUAUAUCAGGUAACAUCAAAGCACCUCAAAGGAGGGAAGGAAACAAAAAUGGAUGUUUUGGUUAUGGAAAAUCUUCUUUAUAGGCGUAACAUUAGACGGCUCUAUGACCUCAAAGGUUCUUCUCGAUCACGGUACAAUCCAGAUACAAGUGGGAGCAAUAAAGUUCUGCUGGAUCAGAAUCUCAUUGAAGCUAUGCCAACCUCUCCAAUAUUUGUUGGGAACAAGGCAAAACGGUUGCUUGAGAGGGCUGUGUGGAAUGAUACUGCAUUCCUUGCAUCAAUAUAUGUGAUGGACUACUCAUUACUGGUUGGCGUGGACGAGGAAAAACAUGAACUGGUUUUAGGUAUCAUUGAUUUUAUGAGGCAAUAUACAUGGGAUAAACACCUUGAAACUUGGGUGAAGACCUCUGGCAUCCUUGGUGGACCAAAGAAUACUUCUCCAACUGUUAUAUCCCCACAGCAGUACAAGAAAAGGUUCAGGAAAGCCAUGAGUUUGUAUUUUCUUAUGGUGCCAGAUCAAUGGUCUCCUCCAGAAUUACACCCCAGUGGUUCCCAAUCAGAUUUUUGUGAUGAAAAUUCAUGAGACGGGACCCAUUUGAUUGAUCUGAUCAAAUAUUAAAUCUUGUAAAUGUUAAGAUUCCAUCUUCCAUUGACACGGGCUUCUCAUCCCAUGUCCGUUCUCGCUUUCUCUAUGUCCGUAAUAUUUGUCUGCUGCAUUGUAGUAUCUGAUAAUAUGCAGCAGCUGAUUUGUGUCCCCUAUAAAAACAUUGGAGGUGCGUCUCCAAUUACCAGAGAUUGUUGAAAGGUUAUGCUGGAGCAUAUCCAUCAAGGGUAACUAACUGUACAGCGACAACCCCCCUCCUAUGUUAACUUCUAUAUAUUACAGCUCUUGCAUUUCCAAGUCCCAAUCUCGUCUACAAAUUUUGAUUUGCAAAUCAUAACCCUUUGAAGGGCAAUUGCAUUGUUCAAAUCUUUUCCUUUUCCACGCGUAAAACGUUAGGCACUGAGAAAUCUGUGACGAUUAUUUUGCACAUGUAAAAGUAUAUAUUUGAGAAUGGGUUCCUUUCUAAUUUACAUUAUUUUCUUACCGUCUUACACAAAUCAUGUAAUGAUUUUAUAAAUUUGUUCUAUGUAAAUUACUGAUUAGAG